CUGUCGCAAUGGAGACAGGUCGCCUCCGCGAGUUCUGCAGGCGCGUUAGCAGGCUCGUCCGCCUGCCCGGCAGCCCGGAGACCGGCACACGGGUUGCCUCCGCCGCCUCCGCCGAGCCUCAGAACUCGUCGGAGGCGGCUUCGCGAGCCAAGGACCGGUUUCCCGGGAUGCUCAGCCGCGAGGCACGCAGCGUGUGUGCCGACGGCCUUCGCUCCUCGUGCGAUCGCCUUUGCCGCCUCAUGAGAGGACGGCCCUUCUCGGUGGUGCUCCUGACGGUGGCGUGGGUGGUGCUCCUGUCGAUGGCAGCCGUGCUUGUGCCGCCGGCCGAGCUGUGCGUCGGCUCGGACGAGGCGUGCCUCAACUGGGAGUCGUACCUCACGGUCUCUCUCCUUCUCACCGCGGUGCUGCUGAUGGCGAAUGGCUCGCCCCCCGACCUCGUCAUGCUCGCUCUCACCGUGGCGCUGCUGCUCUGCGGCGUCAUCUCCGACGCGCAGGCGUGGGCGGGUUUCUGCUCCUCUUCGGUCCUCUCCAUCGGCGCGCUCUUCGUCGUCGCGCGUGCACUCGAGGAGACGCGCGCCGUCGAGCUGAUGCUGCGGCCGCUGCUCGGCCGUCCUUCGGGCCACGUAACCGCCCUCCUCCGCCUCUGCUUCCCGGUCGCUGUCGUGUCGGCUUUCCUCAACAACACGCCCAUCGUCGCGAUGCUGCUGCCGGCGCGGCUGGGCGAGAGGGUGGACGCCGACUGUCCGACCUUGUGUGGGGUGCGAUUCCUGAUCCGUGCGGGCUCCGUGCUGAGCGAGGAGGAGGCGGCGGGGCGCGGGAUGCGGCUCCAGCCCAACGACCGGCUGCUGCUCUGGUGCCUCGCCGCGGCGGUGGACGGCCUUCGAAAUAAAGAAGCAUGCGCGGGCGUGGCGUCGACGCCGAGCUACCCGGCCGCGCGCUCAGCCCACCUGGUGCUGGUCGAGGCCGCCGUCGCCCUCGAGUCCCCCCUCGUCGGCCUGCGUUUGUCGGAGGCGGCCGAGUGCGCGGUGCUGCGCGGGGCCGACGUGUGGGCUGUGCGCCGACGCGCCGACACGAGACCGGCAGAGCGCAGCGCCGACGGCGACGACGCCUUCCUUCUCGACGAGGAGGAGGCGGAGAGCAGCGCGCCGCCGCGCGAGGCUGCGGCGGCGCGCGGGCCGCUCUCCCUCCUCCGCCGCUCCUCCUCCUGCUCCUCCUCCUCGUCCUCCUCCGCGCAGCUCUCGCCCGGCGACGCCGCACGCGCCGCUCGAAGAGUCGCAGCUGCGAGCGAUCACGCAGUCGCCGCUCCCGUCGGCCACGCACGCAUCGAGGAGGCCGAGGACGGUGCCUCGCAGUGGGAGGGCGGCGGCGGCCCGGCGGGCGGCGGCGGCGGCGAGGCGCGAGGGGGUGGAGGCGGGGGCAGCGCGAGGCCGGAGGGGGCGGCGCUUCCGCGCCCGGCGUCCUUCCUCGCCCCGCUCCCUUCCGAGCCGCCGCUCCAACCGCCCGCGGCGGCGCGCUCGCCGGGGGCGGGCGUGCCGCCCGCACACCACCGCGCCCGGGCGGCCACCGCCGACCUUGCCGUCGCCCUCCCUGCCGGCGGCACUACUGCCGCCGCCGGCGGCACUGCCGGCGCCGGCUCUGCGAGGCGCGGUCCGGUGCCGCCCGGCUCUCCUACGCCGAUCCGCCCGUCGCGGUCCGCGCCGGUGGUUGGGCUGGUCGGACUUGCGCGCGGCUUCUCCCCGGGCUUGCGGCCGCGGGUCGGGACUGGCUGGCCUCAGCUCAUGCAGGGCUUGCCGCUGCGGCCCGGAGACACGCUGCUUCUCGAGGCGCCCGACAGCUGGGUGCAGGCGAACCGCAUCUUGCACCACUUCGCCCUCCUGCGCCGCGUCGCCCAGCCGUGGCGGCCACGCUCCGUCGAGGCGGUGGAGCGGCUCAAGCUCGCGGCGUCGCUGUCUGCGCUGCUGCUGCUGCUCGUCUGCUCCGCGCUGGACCUCGUCAGCCUGCUGCCGCUCGCCCUCUCCAUCGCCUACGCCCUCGCCUGGCGCUCCAUCUCGUACCGCCUCGUGCUGACGAUCGCGUGCUCCUUUGGGCCCGGCGCCGCUCUGACCAACACGGGCGUCGCCGCCGCGCUCGGCGCAGGCUUGGUGGAGCUGCAGGUGCUGGGGUCGUUCGGAUUCUUGCUUUGCAUCUACCUCACGACCUCCGCCCUCUCGUGUUUCGUCUCCAACUCGGCCGCCGUCGUCGCCUUCUACUCGGUCCUCCGCGACGUGCGCGUGCCCGGCCUCAACUCGGAGCAGCUGAUGGUCGCGAUGAUGCUCGGCGGCUCCUCCGCCUUUGCGACGCCGAUCGGCUACCAGACCAACCUCAUGGUGCUCGGCCGCGGGGGGUACGCCUUCACAGACUUCAUGGCCCUCGGCGGCGGCCUCACCCUCGUCGUGGGCUGCGUCGUCUCGGCGGGCUGCCUCGUUUUCCUGGCCGACGCCGCCGACGUGCCGCCCGCUGCGCCGCCAGCGCCUCCUGCUCCUCCUUAAAAGGUCUAAGGACUCUAAGCUUCUCCACACACAAGGUGCAGGUAGUCAGGGGUUCCAAUACGCUACCGCUUUUUUCCGGCCCUCACGUAAAAACUGUACUUAGUCGUCC